CUUGAUCGAAUCAAAGAUGGCUGCCUCCACAUCCGACGAUGAAACAAUAAUUCGUAAAAGGUUGCUUUUUGAUGGUGAUGGAGGCGGAGAUGACAGAAGAAUAAGUAAUUUAUUGAAGACUUUUAUAAAGUGGUGUCACUCUAGUGGAACAGAUGAAGAAUGUACUGCCACGUAUCAGAGGAUGUUGUCCACUUUGACCCAGUGUGAAUUCUCUAUGGAGAAAACAAAAAUGGUGUAUGAUAUGAAUCUUAGAGAGAUGGCAAAAUAUGAACAAAUUUAUAAAGAUAUUGAAAAAGCAAUCAGUGACGCACAUCAUACUAUUUCCUCAAGUAAAUCUGAGUUGCAACAUGCCAAGCGUGUGAGGAAGAAUCGACAAGAAUAUGAUGCAUUAGCUAAAGUUAUACAGAAACAUCCAGAUAGACAGAAAACACUGAAGAAACUAGAAGAAUUGGACAGGCACUUGUCUUCACUGACAGAACAGAAAGCUGCUCUUGAGAAUAAGCAACGGUUAGGCUGCGAUCCUGGAGCUUGUUGCUCCUAUGAGGGCCUUUUGCGGGUCCCUCAGUGGAUUCCUCCUCGCAGCGUGUCAGGGUUUGCCUCAGAGAUUUGUGCUGUGGUUGAGGACCUGCCAGGACAAAUUGCAUCCCUUGCAGGUUGGGUAGACCAAAUGCAGGGGGAGCAGGUUGCCUCCACUGCAGUUGCACCUUGCUUAGCAAGCCGGAAGAAGCACACCAGCAAACGAUAUUCGCGUUCAAGGGAUGCUUCCUCCUGGGAUCCCCCCAAUCCAAGCCCCGACCUUCCCAUCAUUUUUGGGAAGCAGGUGGGGCACAGACUGGUGGUACCUAGACCUAGUCCACAGGCGGCCGACAGAGGGCUGGCCAUCAGGCCUCCGAUUUCACAGGGGACCAUGCAGGGCAGGACAUUUGUUUUGUACCCCCUCUCCACUAUGCCAGCCAGGAAUCCGUCUGUCACAGAACCCGCUCAUCACACCAUGCCAUAG